AUGACUGUGGUGGCAAUGGGGCUGAUAGCAGAUAUACCAACGUGGACAUCGGCCGCAACAACGACUGCUGGUCGAGGAGGUGCUGAGCUCGGCCAAUCGACCAACCAUCGAGCGCAACAACGACAACACAAGCGUGCCAACGUGCUUGUCACGAUGCAGUCAACUGGAAAUGAACUUUUUUCCAAGAUCAAAGGCCAGAAAUUCAGCUCUCGUGGUCAUCGCGUGACAGCGUUGAAGGACGGUCUUGAGAAUCUUGCCAGGGAGUCUCAACGUGGAGUACACGAGCUGUUGGGCAAAGUGGGUGACUCGUUCGCACGUUCCGAGAGCUUUUGGAUAACGAACCAGGUUUACGUGCAGCAGGCAACACCCGAUCUCGUCAAGCAGCUUGAAAAGGUUCCAGGAGUGCAAUCCGUGGAGUUCGAGAUGAUAUUCCCGUCUUCACUGCCUGUGCUUUCAACACCGUCCAUGUCCAGUUCAAGCUCUGCGGCUCAAUGGGGUGUCAGUAAGAUCAAUGCUCCAGAUGUCUGGGCUACCGGGAACACAGGACAAGGAGUGGUUAUUGGCUCCAUUGAUACAGGAGUGCGUGGCACUCACGUGGCGCUGGCGAGUUCCUAUCGGCAAAGCUACGGCUGGUACGAUCCUGAAGCCAAAGCUCCUGCUCCGUACGAUUCAACGGGGCAUGGCACUCACGUCAUGGGUAUUAUGGUGGGUCAAUUCGGCUUCGGAGUGGCACCGGGCGCUACUUGGAUGGCCUGUAAGGGAUGUCGAGCUCAAGGUUGCUACGGAUCGGAUCUGCUAGCAUGUUUUCAGUUCAUGCUGUGUCCGACGACGCCCAGCGGGACCUCCAAAGACUGCUCAAAAGCACCACACAUCGUUAACAAUAGUUGGGGUGGAGGCCAGGGUCUCACGAUGUUCGACGGAGUCAUUAACGCUUGGCGAGCCGCAGGGAUCAUUCCUGUCGUCGCUGCAGGGAACACUGGCCCAAAUUGCGGUACUAUCGCAUCGCCAGGUGACUCGGCUAGUGUUAUCACGGUAGGUGCGACCGAUAUCAACGACGGUCUUGCCUCGUUCAGCAGUAAGGGUCCAACAGUGCGAGGUCUCCGGAAGCCCGAUGUCGCAGCUCCAGGUGCUUUGGUAUUGUCAUCUUGCUGGACGGACGAUUCUUCUUACUGUUUCAAGUCCGGUUCGAGCAUGGCCGCACCCCAUGUGACUGGUGCCAUCGCUCUUUACUUGAGUGCGAACCCGGGAACUUCGUACGACAAGAUUAAGGAUGUGUUACAAUCUCGGGCCGUCACCACAACGCUAACAACACCGACAGGCUAUGCAUGUGGCAAGACCCAAGACCGAAAUUUCCCCAACAAUCAGUACGGAUACGGACGUAUUGACAUUUUCAACGCUCUUAGCUAAACAGAAGAAAGUGGUGCUACCUGUUUUCACAUACACAAAAGGUGAGGAUUAAACUGCUCAUUGCGAAUAUCGACUAUGCUUUAUUUGUCUCCAAACACAUAAAAUUACAUUAAUAUCGUAUCGGAGCCUGGUCA